AUGAAGAAUCUGAAAGAUGAGCCGUUUAAGCUAGCGGUACUUGGUGGUUGCGGGACGGGCAAGUCCUCGCUCGUGUCGAGGUUGACAGUCGACAUGGUUCACGAAGUCCACUACCCAACUCGCAAACAGAAUAACUGGCUGUUCACUUUUGAACCUGAAAACGUGUUGGCCAAAACCAUCAUGGAUGAACAGCCGCACAAGCGAAGGCUACUACAGAGUGGCAAGUCGGACAGGUCGUUUUUCAAAUCGCCGCAAAUAACUCCACAUAUAUUGUUGUCGCCUGUGCUAUUUCAGGCUUUUGCCCAAGAAUGGACCGAAGCCAAGGCAUUGGCGCGACAACCCACACCAAAGCUUGAGAGUCGGGUCUCAACGGCAAGCAACAGGUUUUACACGUAUCAGGACUUACCCGAGAAUGGUGGAUCUUUGGACCAGUCCAAAACUACGUUAACCAACUCCGAUACAAACAUUCUCAGGACCCAGUUACACGCAGACAUGUCUGCCUCUAAGGACCUUUGCCCAGUUCCUAGCGGUUACAAGCCUCCCAAUAUUAAGCCAGUGACUGUUGACGUUGUGGAUACACCCGGUUUCAAACCAGAUAUGGUAGUGCCCUUCCUGGAAGUUUCGAUGUUCCGUAACCUCGACAAAGACGUUUUGAAAGGGCUUGCAAACGAACCGCGGAGGCCGGUAUCUACUACAAGUCUUUUGGUGGCAUCAGGAGCAUCAGAACUGAAUGGUAAGAUUAACGGAUACAUAUUCGUAUACAGCGCUGUCCCAGAACUCAACAAGGGAGCGCUACCACCAGGUUAUGAUAGUACCUGCCAGGAGAAGCCAGCGUCGAAUCCAACCCAGGACCCGGAUAGCUCUUCGCUCAGAUCUGUAACUUCAUCAUCAAGUGCAACAAGCGCAAUAGGGCGAGAAGUCGACGGCGGGCUGUCACUCCUUACAACUAUACGCAACUGUAUCCUGGAUGCUUGGUCUGAGUUCCGCGAUUACCAAGAUCGGUGGUCUCAGGGGAAAGAAGGCGACGUGUACUCGUUAAUGUACAGUUUCAAGCAAAUGUGGAAAAACCAGAACGCUAGGAACGAAAAGCUGAAGCAGCUACGUAGUUUCCACACAAAGCCAAAUGCUUUGACGUGGGACGCAUCCUCACCUGACUCUCCGCCACCCUGCAUUAUAAUAUGCACACAUGUUCUCGAUCAGUUGGCGAGCCCUUUGUUAAUCGAGCGUGGCAAAGAGUUAGCAAUACAAUGGGGAUGCACUUUUGUGGGUGUUGAUACAGUCGACGACUACAACGUUGACGUCGCUCUAGGCCUGAUACUGAGAGAAGCCGCAGAAAGGGAAAACAUCAUCAAAAUGAUGGGCAAAGGCAAGAGCAAAGCGAGAUGA